CUCAAGGCCAAGCUAGCCAUGUACUUUGCUGAGCUCCUAGAACCAGCCAAAAAAUCUGCUUGUCCAGGUGACAGAUUUUAUGUGACCAAAUCAGACACUUGUGUGAUAUUAAUUGGCUUUCCAUCUGCUGGGAAGAGUACUACACUCAACAAACUCACCAAUACAACUUCAGCUGUUCCAGCCAGUGAUAUCACUGCACUCACAGCUAUACCGGGUGUCUUGCAAAUCGAGGGAUCUAAAAUCCAGCAUCAGCACAUCAUUCUCUGUACCACAGUCAACACUGGCUCUGAUGGUAAAGGUUGGGGUUGGAAAGUUGUUGCUGUGGCUCACACAGCUGAUUUGAUUGUCAUGAUGCUUGAUCUCACUAAAUCCAACACUCAAUGUCAAUUGUUAAAGAUCAAAUUGGAGGCCAUUGGCAUCUGUUUAAACCCAAAAUCACCCAAUGUUCAUAUCAAGUCCAAAAUGGCAGGUGGUAUAACAAUCAAUGCUACAGUCUUGUUGACCAAAAUUGAUAAUAAGAUGAUAUCUCAAAUCCUGCAAAGUUUUAAGAUCCACAAUGCAGAUGUCAUGAUUUGUGAUGAUGUAAGUUCAACUCAAAUCUUGGGUGAUGAGUUUGGGUGUUGGUGA